CUGGCAAAAAGUAGAUUGAUAUUAACACAGAAAUACUUAAAAUGUACAUUUGUAAGACAUAUCUUGAGUAUUACAUAGAAAUAUCGCAAAAACUCUGUUCAACGCUGUUAAAACGUUGUAAAGCGAUAUAAUGUUUGUUUUACGUGCAUCGUUUCAUUCAGGACUGAAGGAAAAACGACCAACAGGUGUGUCUGUUUCUCCUCCCGGCUUCCGUCAGUCGGACCCAGCUCUUCUCGCCUGACUGGCAGACCAGACACGGCUCAGGUGGGACCCAGCUGACGUGCACGCGCGUACACGCACACCUGCAUCUGAAGGGCCUGACUGACUGAAAUCCCUGAAAUCCUGCUGAAGUUCCAGGAGAGAGGGAGAGAGAGAGAGAGAGAGCGGGAGGCGGAGGGAUCUCACAUGCAGGCGCUGCGGUUCCAGCCAGGCUGACGCCGCUGAGGCUGUGUGGCGCUCGGCUGGAGGAGCGGAGGCUCCGGGGCUCGUCAAACCUGCGUCAAGUUUCACGUAGGGUUAAAGAACGAACCCGGAUACGAGUUUGACUGCGCCUUCACAAUAAAAGCGGAGACUUUAGUAUCCCAAAUAGGGGAGAGUGGGGUAAGUUGAGCCACCCUCUGUUACUUGGAAAUGGUAAAAGAAAUUGAUCAUGUGACCAAAUACUUAGGAGAUGGGCAUCAAUUCAUGAUUCAUGAUCAUUCAAUUAUUCGGUCCUGGUGUGUCAGUACCAUAGACUGUCUAUAGAAUGGACAGCGUCUGCCUCCUCGCUGGGUGAAGCCACUCCGAGAACAGCACCCUCUGUUGGUGGGCUGCAGUAUAGGUCAUAAAUCCCGCCUCCGCCAGCGAAGCUUAUGGAGCUGUGGACAAUCUUUAGAAAUUUAUUACACAGAACACAAUUUUUUCUCCCCCCUGGUUGUGAUGUUGACAUGUAGUUGCUGUCAGACUGGUUUGUGCUCAAGUCCUUUUUUUCUGUGCAGCAACGUUUUUUAAAGUUAUUAGGGGGGUUCAUGUUUUCUAUGAUUGACACCUGAUACAGCCUAUGGGCGUUCAGGGAUGGCGUAGCUCUCCCGGGGGAUACGCUUUUUGAGCCGAGCGUCAUCACAGUGACUCUCGGCGACUGCGCAGCCGAAUGCGCGCAUCGCCACUGCGCAGCACUGGUUUCAGGAAAUGAAGAAAAGUCCCGGAAAUACCGAGAGCUUUUUGGCUUCAAAUCUGUAUACAGACGGUAGGCGGAACCAAGUUGUCCAGAGUAUAUACAGUCAAUGGUCAGUACCUUAAGAAUGACAAUUUGGCAGGAAAUUUUCUUGGGGAUGACACCUUGCGUCGCAUACGUUUUCCAAACGCUUUAUUUUGAAGCUCAAAACCGGAUGCAGUCUGUAUCGACUCCGACUCUACACCUCAGCGCCAACACACGCUCGCAGACACAACUCACACGCAUACAAAUAGACACACACCUUCGGUAAUUCAGUGAGCUGGCUUGAAACUCCACAGACACGCACGAGACUGUCUGCGAUGCACUUGUUAUGACCACAGAGGUGAGAAAAUAAGCACUUUUUACUCCCAGAAAUUUCUAUCUUUUUGUGUCUAAUGCUAGGGGUGGAUUUAUAGCUGUAUUUAUUAAACAAUUUCAGGAAGUUGUUUCAUUCUCGUAAAAUCAAGCCGAAUGCGGGUUUUGGGAACUUUUUAGGCGCAGUCUAUUUAUUUCACCGCUUAAAUAUAGUCAUGUACGAGUUUAGUUCAUCAGGAUGCAGCCUCAUUAUAAACACCAUGGAAACCAUAGAAUUAUCAAUUAAUGGAUCUACUUAACAAACCUAAACUUAAUGUCUCUUAAAAGUAACAAGAGUGCGCUAAAUGUCGUUGUCUGACAUUUUUUCACUCAUGUUUACAUCGACAUGUUGUUACAUGAAGAAGAUAAAGAUUGAAAUGAUAAGUUUGUGGUGACACACCGUUUCUCUUCGUGGUUUGUAUUGACGGGUUUGAGCACAGCCCGGGUUUUGUAUGGGCUCAAUGACUCGCAGUUGUAGUAGUAAAAGGAAGCUGGCGUGUUUACUUUUUUGGGCAGGGGUGUCCUGGUGAUAAAGUAUUAGGUAAUUAGCCUAUCUGAGUCUGCAGACUGGGUGACGCCAGUCUCCAUAAUAAAGCAGCAGCAGCAGCAGCGGUGGACUGAUGCCGCAUUGAGCUCGUGCGCGUUUGCUGUCAUUGUAAACCUCAGCUGUCUGCUCGUGUGCGGGAAACCGGGGUCGUCCGCGUGGGACAGAAUUAGGCAUGCUGAUUCACUCUACUUUUGACAUGUCUGUAUUGUUGAAGACAUCUGAUUUUAUAUUGACUUGUUGUGGAGCUACUGUAGAAUUAAAGGACAGAAUCAGACACGUGGGCAUUUUUCUCCUCAAACUACUUCCAGUAUAUUCCACUUUAAUUUUCUAUCAUGUCACGUUCAUCCACGUGAGUUAAAGGAGGUAAAGCACUAAAACUUAAUAGAUUCUGACUUGGUUGAAUUUAUAUAAAAAAGGAAACAUUCUGUUUUAGUGCUGCAGCUAUGCCUAUUACAUGUCACCCAGUAAUGACCAGGACCACUUUGAUGUGGUGAAGUCACAUUUUACUGUUUUUUAAUCCAACACCUUGUUUUGAGAACAGCAGAAUAAGACAGGCAGCUCUCUCUCUCUCUCUCUCUCUCUCUCUCCUGCUGUCUGCUUCCCUCUCUCCCUCCCUCCCUCCCUCUCCCCCUCCUGUCCUGUGAUGUGUUCUGGCCAGACAGUAUGGCUCCUGGGCGUCAGUGGCAUGAUCAUAGAAACAGAGGCCAGAGAGGACAUUCCUCAUUGUUGGUGAAUCUAGAAAUGAGCUCUGCCAUCUUGCUGAGCUCUUUCAGAGACACUUUUGUGACUCUUUAUUUUCUCCAUAGAAAAUAAUACCUUGGUAGUUGAAAGUUAUCAGUAUCCCUCUGACUAUUAUGAUAGAAAUCCACUCCCCAUGCCAGGAUUGUGAGGUAUGAGAAGGUUUUGUUUUGUUUAUUGUUCUGUUUAACUCCAGACCAGCUUAUCAUUUUAUCAACUAUGACUUAAUUCCCUGUAAAAUUGAAUCUUUGAAGUAUCCUUUGUUCUCAAACGAUGAAGUCUUUUCCUCUCCUCCUGCUUCAGCAAAAUUAGCAGCUAAUACUAUCUCUCACUUCUCUUGCCAGAUGAUUGAAACUUGACCUGGAUAUCCGACUGUGCGAGGAAUAACCUUCCCAGCAGGAGGCUUUGAAUCCUGAGCUGUCAGAUCUAACCUGUGCCAACACUGAGAGGAGAGACUUAAAAGGGUUUACUGAACAAAUGCUACGAAACUGUACCUAACAGCACUAAACCAAAGUACCAGGGUUCAAGUACACCACCAGUGCAGCCAGGAAGUACCAGAGGAGUACAACAAAAACAAACUCUGUUUACACAGACUCGUCACACUGCUUCUUUUAUCCUACCUCUGCCCUGGCUUCUCAUUAUCAGUCUCCACGCUUCGGCCCUCGAGGGAACUUUUACCCCCUUUAACAGCAGCAUCCAUCAGCUCAUCACGCCGCCCAUUUAUCCAUCUCAUAAUGAACUCGUCUGCCUCCAUUACCUCCCUCUUCUCCUUCACCAGUCCAGCUGUGAAGCGCCUUCUGGGCUGGAAACAAGGAGACGAGGAGGAAAAGUGGGCAGAAAAGGCGGUUGACUCUCUGGUGAAGAAACUAAAGAAGAAGAAAGGGGCGAUGGAGGAGCUGGAGAGAGCCCUCAGCUGCCCUGGACAACCAAGUGAGUAUGACACUGUCCAAGAUAAUGUAAUAACACUGUGCAGUCAUUUCCAGUGACAAGAUUGUAGGGCUACACUGAGCGACUUUAGAAAGUUCGUACAAUAAACACAAUCUGUGCAGCCGUACUGAGGGCUUUAUUGUAUAUUUCUCUGUUAGGUAAGUGUGUAACGAUUCCUCGCUCGCUGGACGGGAGGCUGCAGGUGUCACACAGGAAGGGUCUGCCUCAUGUGAUCUACUGCAGGGUGUGGCGCUGGCCUGACCUGCAGUCUCACCACGAGCUGAAAGCCCUGGAGUGCUGCGAGUUUCCCUUCGGCUCCAAGCAGAAGGACAUCUGUGUCAACCCGUACCACUACAGACGCGUAGAGACUCCAGGUACAAAUGUAAUCAGGGAACAUCUUCUGAAUUAGCUGUAAAAAAAAUGAGGUUAUUGUUGGACUUUAAUAUCAUAAUGGUAAAGCCUUUGUGAGCUGCAGGACAUCUGAUCUAAUGCAGUGUUCCUGAGUCAAAGGAUUGUCAGUAAUAUGAUCUUUUCCAGUAGCAUCUGGUUCUGGCUCUGUCUUUGUCUACCUUUGUCUUCUCUUUUUUUUUUGUCCGCUCUCAGUGCUGCCACCUGUUCUGGUCCCUCGUCACAGCGAGUUCAACCCUCAACACAGUCUGCUGGCCAAGUUUAGGAACGCCUCCCUUCACAACGAGCCUCUCAUGCCCCAGAACGCUACCUACCCGGACUCCUUCCCUCCGCUGCCCUGCUCCUCCUUCUCCUCCUCCUCCCCUUCCUCCUCCCUCACCCAGUCUCCCACCUCACAGAGUUACCCCAACUCCCCCAACAGCUCUGCAGAGCCUGGUAGUCCUUAUCACAUCGCAGGUAGGAAUCGAAGAGAGCAGGCUGAUACUUCUAUUAUUGUUGGGCUAUAUUACAAGAGGAACUAGAGAAGCACUCGGAGAGCGCAGACCUCCGCCAAGCAGCUCAUGUCCCCCCCUUAUAUUGUGAUUCACACCAAAACUUUUAGUGUUACUUGUCUUUUAUUAACUUUAAUUUGUGUUUAAACUGGUGUGUUCACUGUUCAUAAUGUUCCUAAAACAACAAAGCUCAUAUUAGAUACAUAAAUGCAUGAUUUAUUAUGCAAUAUUUGUAAGCGUACACUUCCUUGUAUCUUCAUUGGUUAUCUUUCAGCAUUGAAAAUUCCAACGACGCCCUUAUUUUUGUGUGUUCAGGAUCAACCUUUGACACCUCAUAAAACUCAUUGAGAUCCUUUUGUGUAAUUUUUCACUGAAGACUCUGGCCAUUUUUAUGGAGUUAAAAGCAAAAAUUCCAAAAUUUGCCCUAUCUCACAAUGAUAAAGAAUCCUUCAAAAAAUUCCUGGAUCCAGAAGGCGAUCUGGAUCUCCACCAAAAUGUAAUGGGAUCCUCCUGGGGCUGAGACGCACCUCUGGUGAAAAUUUUAGGUCAAUCCGUCUGUAACUUUCUUCGUAAAGUUGCCAACAGACAAACAAACAAACAAACGCUACCAAAAACAUAAUCUCCUUGGCGGAGGUAAUUACAGAAAAAUCCUGCAGCUGUCACAGAGAAAAGCACCAUUUUAUAUUUAGGGUUAGAGUAAAAUGUUUCUCUAUGCUCCAAAUCAAACAAAACCAGAAACACAUUGCACACAUUGCCUGCAUAUUCCAUCCGUUAUAUAAUAUGAUGUGCUUUUUCCAGCUGAGACCCCCCCUCCUCCAUACAGCAUGAUGGAGACAAGCCCACAAGAAGACGUGAAGCCCACCAACUCAACAGAAAACAUCAAACUCACAUUUUCUGCCCCACACAGAGGUAACUAGACUUUACACCUGAUGCAGACGGUAGAAUCGCGAGUUAAUAUUUGACAAUAAAGACUAAAUCUGAUUACACUGCUCUUAUAGAGGCAACAUCAAUUUUGAAAAUAUACAUUAGCCCAGUUAAUGUGAUUCUAUCAGGUAUGAUUUUUAGUGCCAUUUUGUUGAAAGAGAAAUACAAUAGUAAGGUUAGGACAGAUAUUAUAACAUUUAAGAACGAAAAAUAUGCACAGCAGUAGAUGAUAGAAAAAAAGAGGCUAGAUUUGGGUGAGAAGUGAGCCACAAUAAACACCCAGCUCUCCCACAGAAGAGUUUACAGAGAACCACAGAGGAGGAAAAUGAAGAAAGGGGGACUCUUAACCACAACACUUUUACACUGUGCAGUUAAGUCCAUAUUGGUUAACCAUAAACACAAAAUAACACUAGAUAAAGAUACAUAAGACCCUGAUACAUGUGUGGUAUUACUGUGUUAACAGGUAAGAGGUUAGAUAAUGUAAUAUGUUUUAAAUGCACCUUUUUCUAUAUACUUGGUUAGAUUUACGGCCAGUAUGUUACGAGGAACCGGAGCACUGGUGUUCCAUAGCGUACUACGAGCUCAACAACCGGGUGGGCGAGACUUUCCACGCGUCGUCCCGCAGCGUCUUGGUGGACGGUUUCACAGACCCGUCCAACAACAAGAACCGCUUUUGCCUUGGCCUGCUGUCCAACGUGAACCGCAACUCCACCAUCGAACACACACGCAGGCACAUAGGCAAAGGUAGGUUGAUGACAGAGACAGAUCAGAACAGACUGUUUUUUUGAGGUUUCCAGUAUGAAUUUCUCUUUUCAUGCAAUUAGUGCAAGUUUUCUCUCUUGAACCUCUUUCAUUUCAAAGAUUUCCAUUGUGUGUGUAGAUCUCAGUGAACAAAGAAAUCACCUCAGGCUUCCCACAGAGCUGUCGUUUGUGUGAUAAACACCUCAGGUCACAUUUUAUCCUCUCAUGAUACAGCAGUUUAAAGAGCCUGUCUUUGUUACUUAGACAUGUGGCUUUGAAUGAGUGGAGCAAAGUCUUGUUGGUUGUGGUUUUUCUCUGUCAGAAUAUGAGAAAACACUGUUUUCAGGAACGUACAAAGCAGCCAUUGAACAAAUCUUCGAUUGCAAGUUUUCGUGAAUGGAUAAAGUCUUUUUCUGUGGUCUGGAUUGUCAGAGUGGACACUUUUUAUGGUCAAAUAAAAGUACACUUCAGAGGUGAGGAAGGCUGGUAAAAAUAGAAGUACUGAUUUAACAAUAUAUUGAAGCAAGAGUGGAAAAUAACAAGCUCUGAAAUGGCUAAAAAGGUAAAACUGGUCCUCUUGUUGUAUCGGGAAAGUAACUCCACAAAACUAUUACCUGUGAAAAUAAUGAGUGAUGACUUCGCCCCUCAGUGAAAGUCAGCAGAAAGAUGAAUGUGUUGAUUCCCUCUGUCUCCCCGCUGUUUAAAGAUCUCACUUUCACUAAAGGAACCAUCUCUGUUUUUAACUUUUCCUCUCUUGUCUUAUCUCAUUCAUGUGAUUCUGUUCAUCUCCCAUCUGUUUAGUGUGAUAUGCGCUGGUCUUGGAUAAAUUCAUUACACACUUGAAGUUCUGUUUAUGUUCAGGGACAAGUUAUUCGCACUUGAUGACUUCCCAGCUUUUGUUAAGAUCUUUGUAAUGCUGUAUUCCAAUUUCAUCACAUUGAAGACUCGUGCAGUUUGACAAAAAUUGAACAAAAUCCAUCUUUUUUUUUAACUUGAUUAGACAAACUGAUCUUCUCUUACCUCUUCUCAGGUUUACACCUGUACUAUGUUGGCGGUGAGGUGUACGCCGAAUGUCUGAGUGACAGCAGUAUUUUCGUCCAGAGCCGUAACUGUAACUUCCAGCAUGGCUUCCACGCUACCACCGUCUGUAAGAUCCCCAGUGGUUGCAGCCUGAAGAUAUUCAACAACCAGUUGUUUGCUCAGCUCCUCGCCCAGUCUGUUAACCACGGCUUUGAGGUUGUGUACGAGCUCACCAAGAUGUGCACCAUCCGUAUGAGCUUUGUUAAGGUAGGUGUACAUUAUAUUCAAGUUGGAGUUUUUAUCCUUGUGCUCUUAUUUCUUUUCGAUACAUAUCCACCCGGAAAUGUCCGACUGUAACUUCAGAUGUUAUUAAAAGCUCAGUUCUGCUCUGUCAAGUUGUAUUUUGGAAUUUGAUUACUCUUAGCAUUUGUUGACGUGAAUGAUACCCGGUGUUGUCUACCAUUAGAGAUGAUACUCUGCAUACCUUGGUGUAACAAGUGGUUAUUUGACUUAAUCUUACCUCUCUAUCAUCUCAAACCAGUCUGCCUUCCUCUGACUUCUAACAUAACAAGGCAUUUAUGUCCACACAACUGCACAAAAGGUGGUUGUGCAUUAAGAUCCCAGUAGAUCGGUGGUUCCUGAAAUACUCAGACCAACCCGUAUGUCACCAACAACCAUGCCACAUUCGAAGUCUCCUUCUCCAUUUCUGAUGUUCAGUUUGAACUUAAGCAGGUCGUCUUGACCAGGUCUACAUGCCUAAAUGUAUUAAGUUGCUCCCAUAAGCUGCUUUUGUGAGUAAGAAAUUGAACAGAUGUACCUAAUAAAAUGGCCAGUGAGUAUAUGGAAUAACAGGUGGAAUAACAUUCAUUAUUAACUCUGGUACACUCACAUGGCAGCCACUUUUUUAACGGUCAUGCUAUUAAUGGAGAUCAAGUAAUGUCAAAAUAUCAAGCUGCUGUUUACCCGGUUUUAAGCCAUUUCAGUGCAGGAAAGCCAAAAAGAGAGAUGUAACCAUUUACCAUAGAGUGAACAGUUAAAAUACCAUGAGACUAUUGACUGUAUAUGUGUUGAUGUCUCCCAGAAAACACAAAAAGGGCAUUUAAUUAUCGACAAAAUAUCAAAGAUCAGCUAAGUAAGUCUGGAUCAGAACGGAUUCUUUUGUAAGUUUGAAGCAAACACUCGUAGUUAUGGAAAUAUUUACGUCCCGGCUGGUGAUCUGACAGGUGGUCUGUCUACAGGAGGAUUAUUGGACCAUUUAACAAGAAAAACUGACAACCUGCCAACUACCAUCACACAACAGUGAUGCCAAUCAUGAUCUGACACUACAGUCAGCCAGCAGCUUUUAGUGUUUAUUAUUAUAUAGUGAGGCACUAUCAAAUGGUAAUUUUAUCAUUCACCUUGUUUCUUGCUAUUUUAAGUAGAAGCUAAUUAAUCACCAGUCAUUCUGUUUUAUAAUCCAAAACACAUCAGCUAUGUCAGCUUCUUACUCUAAUGUGUCCUCUUGUUCUUUCUGCCUGUAUUGUGUCCUCUCCUCAGGGCUGGGGUGCUGAAUACCACCGUCAAGAUGUAACCAGCACCCCCUGCUGGAUUGAGGUGCACCUUCACGGGCCCCUGCAAUGGCUGGACAAAGUCCUCACACAAAUGGGCUCCCCUCACAACCCCAUUUCUUCAGUGUCGUAACAUGAACUCCUUCAUCGGGGAGGUGGAGAUGUUCUGUAUCUUCUGCUACAUCCAGUUUUGUCCUGUGGUCCCAUUUUGACUCCUUUAACUAAAUUAAGAAAACGCCCAUGAGCAGCUCCUUUGUCACUGACGUUUCACGUGAUAGACUGAAUUUGAUGCAGGUUAUUUAAAGCUUACGGAGUAGAAUGAUCAAUGUUCCUUAGUUCAGUCAGACAGUCAUUACGCAUUUCUCUGUUCUAUUCAUUGGGAUCUGAUCUGCACUCCAAGACCUGAAACAGUGGGAUACAUCUAUAGGUACCCAAAAACAGCUUUAUUUUAUGUUGUAAAUGUUGAUAUGAUAGAAUGUACUGUAUUUACAUGUGAUGAAUUGUUGUACUGGUUGCUUUUUAUUUGUUUGAUUACAGUUGUUUUUCCCUAAGAAACCUUUUUUUCUCACAUCUAAGAACAAAACAUAAGGUUGAAAUAUACAAAAACAAUCAGACAGCGUCAGUAUUAGCGUCAUAAUUUUACUCUCCACAGUGGGUAAAAUACACUUCAACUCAAAAACACACAAAUAACACACAGUACUUCACAGCACAAAAGCUCAUCAUGACCUUUAUCCAUCACAACAAACCCAAUUUGUCACUUUCUCUGUUUGUGCAAGAGUGUCAGACUCUUCUGUAAGAUACAAAAAGGACUUGAUGAGAGGUUACCAACAUGCACAACACGAUUGUCACAUGUAACAACAUUAAAAGAGGAAACGGUGGUGGGAGCACUCAAGAGAAAUUACAGAUUUCAUACGGAGUACUUAAAGUAAAAGACAAGAAUUAAUGAGUUUAUAUCAGGGAUUACAAUCUCAACUUCUGGACUGAAGCAGAUCCAAGCAAUUUGUCCAUGAUCAAAAUUGGCAAAUUGAGCUAAUCUUUGUACUCCACUUACUCAAGCAAAUCACAAAUGUACGGUAUGCACAUUAGCAGCCCUGUGGCAAAAACAGCAGUUUUUAGACAGUCCAACGACCAUUUACAAAAAGGGACAAUCCAAAAACUUGUACGAAGUAACUGGUGGAGAAGGCAGUCAAGGUUUUGUCUCCCUUCUGAUGAGACCUGAAGAAGAUUGUGAGUGCAGAGCCUGCAUCACUGUUGGUUUGAUCCAAUAACAGCUCUGUAUUCCUCACCAAGAGCAGACCACUGACCAGGGAAGCAAAGAUGAUAGAAAGCACUUAGGGAGAGACCUUAAUGACACUAGAGGGUGAGAUGAGCCACUGUAGCCUCUACAUUCAUGGAUCUCAGAUACAAGGACAACCAAGUAAUGUACCUUUUGAAUGCUAUUAUCAUUUUGUGUCGCUUCAUAAAUAAUCAAUAAUCAUAAUUUGAAUGUUAACAAAACAGUGUACACCGUUAUUCUCCAGGCAAACAUGAAUAUUGGCUCUGGACUCCAUAUCAAAAAAACCUGAUCAGGAUCGGGGACUAAAAAAAAAGCUGACAGUGAUAUCCUUAGUUCAGCAACUACAAAGUAAAUAAGAACCAAAAGGAGAGCUUGUAUUAAAAACAGCACUAGCCAUGGUUUCAUUGGAUGGUUAAUCUGCUAUUUCAGAAUUUUCCAUCUUCUCAAGGGCUUAGAUCAGUUCACUUCCCUUCAGUCCGCUAGUUUCACCACACCUUUAAUAUUUCAGCCAUGAAGUUCAACUCGGUUCCAGUAUUAGAUAUUAAUGCAUCAAGUGCUUCUUCAGUGCAUUCCAUUCAAACACUCGCAACCCUUGAGAAGAGCAACAUCUGCUUUCAUGUCACAGUCUCCAAACUCAUGAAAAAGCUGGUAGAUUUGUUGAAAAUAAAUCGCUAGGGGAGGUUUGAAAAGUCGUUAGGUUGGCAACACCGUCUUCACCAACAGUUUCCUGGACCUGCCAGCGUCAGCAGCCCUGAAACUGCUGCUGUGAUUGGCUGCGGCUCUGUGCAGCGAGGAGUUGCUGCUGCUGCUGCAGGAAGCUGAUCACCUCUGGACUUCUCAGUAGAGACUGAAGGGAGAAAAAAAAAGACAUUCAGAUUUUCUAUAAUUUAAUUUCACGCCUUUUAUUAUUAGUGCAAAAUUCCCUCUGCCAAAAAUGUCUCAAAAUAAUUAAAACUAUUUAUCUUUUUGGUGGUCUUCUUGGUGGGGGGACCUUUACUAACACAACAAAUAAGGACAUUAAAAGGAUCAUUAGGAUGCACUUAACUGCAUAAAACUGAGAUGAUGGUACAUGGCCUAAAUAGUUAAAGCCAUUUGGAUCAAGUCACAGAAAGCUCUAUAUAUUGACAUUAGGUCUGACCAUCAUUUUGUUAAUGCUGUCCAUAUAAUUUUAUUCCACCUUAAUACAAAAGAAUAUGUGCAGCUCAAUGUCUAGAUAAAUAAAUCUCAAAAAAAAUAUGUGCAAUUCUGUGAAAUUCAGCAUUUUUAAUCUCAAGUAUUUAGAUUUACCACAAAUUAGGUGGUUGAGCCUCAAAGUGUGCCUGGGCUUUAUAAUCUGUAGAUCUUCAUGACAAAGUUAAAUGCAUUUGGGGGAAAGGUUUAAGCAUUUACAGACUGUCAACAUCAUUCGGAUACACCUGAGCUCUUAGUUGCUCUGAAAGCCUCCUCUCUUUCCUGGAGGUUUAGCUACCUUUAUUAUCCCUGAGGAGCAGUUUGUUUACAGGUAGCAGCACCAAACAGCCAUCACACACACAACAGAAAAGAAAACCAGCACAUUAAAUUGACUGGAAAGACAAUGACAUUGAUAAACAACACAUCAGUUAGGACAAAGGAUUUUUGCAGACUGUCCUGAUUUAUGUUUGAGACAUUUUAUGAGUUUUAGUUUCUCACUCAAAUCCUUUGAAAUCGUGCUUGCAAUUCUGCACAUGUUUUGGUAACACACAUAAACCUUUUUUGUGGAGAAUUAAAAGACUUGGAGAUUC